UCACAUGGUAGUGUGUGUCUUGCUGUCUAACGUUUUACCAGGACCUGAGCAAUGCAGCGGUGAACCUGGGACCACAAACACGUAUAUACACACACACGCGCGCGCUCACACACACACAUGCACACACACCCGCGCGCUCUGCGGCAGUAAUCAUCGGAGAUAACGGGGUUUGUAGGCGUGCACUUGAGCGCGCACCAGACCCGAUGGUCGAAACGCGACGUUUAUUUGUCCUCAUUGUUGCCUCGAAGCGCCGGAACUGAACAAGAAAACGGAAAACAAAAAAAUAUAUAUAAAAAGAUUUUUUUUUUUUUUUUUUUUUACAAAGAAUUCACACCGAGACGGCUCGCGCGAGUUGAGCGAGCCAGCGUCUUUUCGCUCGAGCCCUCACUUCAGUCUGACUUGGGCUUGAUUGACAGGAGGCUUCGGUGGGAACGAGACCUCGAGAGAAAGAUAGCGCCGUGGAAAGUGCUAUCGUCUUUCGUCUCGUCUUUCACAACACGCCGUCCACACACACCCACACAAUGGCAGAGGAAAAGUGCUGGAGUUGACUUUUUGUUCUUCAGCACAUCGCCUCCGAUGUUCUCCGUGCAGCAUCACUCCUUGGAGCCACGGAGGAAACUGUCGCGGCACCUAUUUUUAGAGGAAGAACGGCUCGCAGAACUUUUUCAUGUCUGUACGUGAGCCCGGAGGCCAUGGCUCGGCCCUUGCUGAAGAUCCAGCGCUAUUUCCGCCGCAAGCCCGUGCGCUUUUUCUCCUUCAUCCUUCUCUACCUCACAGCCGGCAGUCUCGUCUUCCUCCACUCUGGCUUCUCGGGAGAUUCGGGAUCCAGGGGUGGACACGGCCCUCUAGCAUCAGUUGAGGCGGGAACGACUCUGUCCUCUGAGAGCACGGGCCUCGUUAGGAGGGCUUUCAAGGAGACGCGAACCACACGAAGGUUCGGGCUCACCUGGGCGAAGCCAAGGAACAGCAAAGAAACGGAGGAGGCUAGAGCAAAGUACAUCGGCUGCUAUGCAGAUGACACUCACAAGAGGGCGCUCAGAGGCAUCUCGUUUUUUGACUACAAAAGGAUGACUGUGUUCCGCUGUCAGGACAACUGUGCUGAGAGAGGGUACUUGUACGCUGGCCUGGAGUUCGGUGCCGAGUGUUACUGCGGCCACAAGAUCCAGGCGGCGAACGCGUCGGACAGCGAGUGCAACAUGCAAUGUAAAGGUGAAAAAAGCAAGCAGUGUGGAGGACCCAACCGACUGUCCAUUUACAGACUGGAACUAAGCCAAGAGUCAGCACGGAGAUAUGGGAGUGCCAUCUUUAAAGGAUGUUUCAGGAGACCGGACAACGUCACACUAGCCCUUCCUGUCUCCGGCGUCAUUAAGAACAUGUCUGUGGACAAAUGUGUAGACAUGUGUACAGCGAAGGAGUUUUCUCUGGCUGUUUUGGCGGGUAUUAAAUGCCACUGUGGUUUCCCCACCACCCUAUUUACCCUGCAAGAGCCCGAGGAAGAGGAUUUGUGCCUUAAUCGCUGUGUAGCCGAGGACUUUGAGAGCUGCGGGAAUGAUGAAUACUUUGUAGUUUACCAAACACAAGUGCAAGACAAUCGGUGUAUGGACAGGCGGUUCCUUCCCACGCGUUCGAAAAGACUGACGGCUUUAGCGAGCUUUCCUGGAGCUGGAAACACUUGGGCUCGCCAUCUCAUUGAGUUGGCCACCGGCUAUUAUACAGGGAGUUACUACUUCGAUGGUUCACUAUACAACAAGGGUUUCAAAGGAGAGAGGGACCACUGGCGCAAUGGUAGGACGGUUUGCAUUAAAACGCACGAGAGCGGGAAGAAGGAAAUCGAGGCCUUCGACUCCAGCAUCCUGAUGAUUCGCAACCCCUACAAGGCCCUCAUGGCGGAAUUUAAUCGCAAGUACGGCGGCCAUAUUGGAUUUGCAUCACAGGCUCACUGGAAAGGAAAAGAAUGGCCCGAGUUCGUAAAGAACUACGCACCAUGGUGGGCAUCGCACACGCUCGACUGGCUCCAGCACGGUAAAAACGUACACCUGGUUCACUUUGAGGAGCUGAAGCGAGACCUUUUUACCCAUCUAAAACGCAUCGUCCUCUUCCUGGGCCUGGAAGUUUCGGAGGAUCGGCUGCUGUGCGUCGUGGCGCAAAAAGACGGAAACUUCAAGCGCUCAGGCCUCAGGAAGCUCGAGUACGACCCGUACACGCCGGAGAUGCGGGAAAAGAUCGACGGACUCAUACGCAGUGUGGAAGUUGUGCUCAAACAGCGAAACCUUCCAGGGAUUCCAGAUGAUUAUAGACCAAGAUGAUACAACCUCACACUUUUUCCCUCCCCCUUUUUUUUUUUGUUUUCGUUGUUGUUCUGUUCGGGAUUGAAAAACAAAAGAAAACAAUAGUCUCCUUAUUUUUUGUGGCUCAACCAAAAAAAAAAAAAAACACUUGACAAGAAGGAGGAACAUUAAGAACACUAAACCAGCACUUUCAGUAAGCAGAGAGAAAAGAGAGGAAAAGUUCUGAAAAGUCACAUGAUUUGAUGAUUACAAAGGAAGACAAUCUGAUGACUAUAGGCAACUUACUAUGAGGGCUGUAGUGAGUGACGCACUUUUUUAUGUCUUGUCUCAUUUGUGUGCAUGCGUAUAAGUAUGUAUGGUUGUGUGUGUUUGUGUGUGUGUGUGUGUGUGUGUGUUUGGCACUACACUCUGAAAUCAUCGGGAUAUGCGAUAUUGGUCAAAGUACGCUGGCAGUUUAGCACUAGGUGAUGUAAUGAAGUACGCAUCAGACAUAAUAUAAUCUAGGGUCUUUUUUAUUUCCUGUUUAUUUAGCAAAAGGAUGUGGCUUCAAAGUUUUAUUUUUACACUUUACACAAGAACACUCCAGCUGCAAUAUGAAAAUUCAGAACCUGGCUACAUGCCAAUGACAGAAGAUACAAUAAUCGUGUUCUAUUUUACUUAUUUAGCACACAAACACGUAUCAUGUAGUAAAAACACUGCCUAUUAAUGGCCGUGAUGAAAAUGUUGUGUCCUAAAGAUAGAACUGGAGCUUAUAAUAUUAAAUACACUGUACGGACAAACGUUUGUGGACACCCAACCAUCAAAUUUGCAUAGCGUUUCAACCUCCCAGUCCACAUUUGUUAUUAUAAUAACUUCCACUCUUCUGGGAAGACUCUCAACUAGAGUUUAAAGUGUGCUUGGGGAGAUUUGUGCUUAUUCUGACACAAGGGCGUUAGCAAAGUAAUGUAGGGUGAGAUGGACUGGGAUGCCAUUCAUCCCAAAGGUGUUUAAAACUGUUCAAAGAACUAUAGCAGGCCACUUAAGCUCUUCCACACACUUCCAUCUCAUGUAAAGCACAUCUUCAUAGCACAGGAUUAUUGUCACGCUGGAACAGG